AUGCUGCGGCAGCAGAAGUCUUUGGGAGUCAGCUGGCCGUGGCUACAAGGGGGCGACCGGCGAGCGCACGCCUCACUGACGUGGGUCAGGUCACACGUGACCGCGGAGGAAUUCAGCGCUGAAUUCGGAGAGGCGUCUCUCUGGAGACAGCAGAUAAACGACGCGGCCGACCAACUCUGCCGGAAAGCGGCGGCCAGGGCCACGGCCCAAGUGGGUCCAUGGUGUCCAGACGAGAUCGACGACCUAGUAGGUGACGGUCUUCUUGCAGCACAAGGCUUCCGUGCUGCUGGUCUCCAAUGA